AUGUGUUGUGUUCAUUCCGACAGAGUAGAAUGCUCUAUAAAUCUAUAAUAUAAUUUAUAAGCUCAUUAGUAUUCAUUGCCAAAUUUUAAAUAUUUUUCAAAAAAAUACAUAAUGAAAGGAGGUAAAUAAUAAAAGAACAAAUCAAUCUGGGAUCAAGUCAAAAACGAAGAAAAGGACUUCUACUUCAACUUUUUGGCUAAAAAAUACAGGAAUCUCUAAAAGAAACUCAAGGAUAUUGCUGACCUAGAGGAAUUACAAAAAACUAAAGAAUUGAAGCAAGAAUAGAUCUAGAAGAUCCAAGGCAAAGAUGAAAACAAUGAAAGAAUUAAAGAAUUAGAAGGUACACUCUCGAAUUGGCUCAACGCUAAGAAAGAAGCCGAACAAUAAGGAUCCAUAAUCACUAUUGAAGCAUAUAUUAUAAUUCUUUAAAAUCUCGCCUAAGAUCCAUAAUUGGUUGCUUUGUUAGCCCAAGACCAUGAAUCCACACAUGAAUUAGCUAAAAAAUUGUAAUCUAAAAUAGUUGGAUAAGGCAAAACAGAUUAACCAUGGAAAGGAUUGAAAUUAAAUGUUCAAGUCUAAGAAUAAGUCCAAGAACCUAAACAAACCUAAGAUGUAACAGAAACAGAACCUAUCCAAUAAUAAGUUCAAUAAGUUAUACAACAAUAAGAAUAACAUACCCAUUCAAAAUAAAAACCUUCAGAGGAAGUCUAACAUUAAUCCAAAUAGCCUGAAUAGCCUGAAGUCUAAGAAUCUUAAGAACAACAAUAAUUCAAUGAAUAACAACCAUCAAAUGAACAACCCUAAGAAGAUACCUAAAAUUAAGACUAAGAACCCAAGCAAGAUCAAUAACCAUAAUAAAGACAUCAUCAACAUCAUGACGAUAGAAGAAACUACAAAAAGAAUUACAAUAACAAUAAUUAUGAUAGAAGAAACAACUACGAUAGACCAUACAGAGGAAACAAAUAACAUUAUCAAAAUAGAGAUAGAAAUUAUCAAUAGGAAUAAAUCUGGGAAGAAAAGGUUGACAAAUAGGCCCCUUAAAAUUAAGAAGACUAAUAACAAGAAGAAGAUGACUACAUUACCGUUAGAAGCAAAAAACCAUAGAAACCAUAGAGAGGAGGAUAAAGAAAUUAUGACAAUAGAAAUAAUAAUAAAAACUAUGAAGGCAACCAAUAAAGAAGAUAGAAAAAUAAUGAGGAAGGUGAUUAAUGAGAGUAUUUAAAAAUAUAUAUAUAUUUAUGUAUCAGUAUC